AUGUACAAAAAGGUUGAAGUGUUUAUUAAUGUGGCAGGAGUAAACGAAUUCCCUCCCGUUUUUAAUAACCGCCCAUACAACGUCACGUUGAUGGAGUAUGACGGUGCAAACUAUUUCAAUAUACUAGCAUCAUCUAAAGGAGACAUAAUUCUAGCCAGGAAGCUCAAUUUUGAUACCAUGGAGAGAAGCAAACUUUUUCUCAACCUGAGUGUAUCCGAUGAGCCUUCAUUGAGUCCUACCGCUAAGACAACUUAUACCACUUUGGAAAUACAAGUGACAGAUGUUGAUGAUCAGCCUCCAUACUUUGACUAUCCUGAUUGCCCUCCGCCAUGUCCAGCUCCACCAUUUUUAUCUAUUAUACGACUAAAUCACAAAGGCCCUCUGUCUGUGACACCAGACAUCAAAGGGAAAAUAUCCGACACUCUUGGAACUUCUCUGGUGUAUUCAAUUGAAGCUGGUAAGUAA